AUGGAGAACGGCUCAAGAUCAAAAAGAGACGAAGAGUUUGACUGGUUGUUCAUCAGUCAAAACCCUACAAAUUCCUUUCAGCCGUCACCCGCCACCGUGAACGGCGGAUCCGGAUCAUCCGCUAUGGGCUCUACUUCUUCCAUGCGGCCUGUAAACCACAACGAUGGGUUUCUUGUUGAUCACGGCGUUCUCUCUUUCCAAAACAAACAACAACAACAUCAACAGCUGCCGGCGGCGAUGGGAGUCAAUCCAGUCCGUUCGAUUUUGAACCAUCGUGAUCGGUAUCCGCCGUUGUUGCCUGAUUUUAUUGAGUACAAUCCCUACGAAUACGAUCACUCCUGCAACAGUUGCGAUCAGUUGUACUGCGCCGGUGAUAUCAUUCCCGGAUUUCAAAGCUAUGGUUACCGAUCACCGCUUAGUGGUUUCCCAGAAACCCAAUACGACCGGAAUCUUGAAAUCGAUUUCAGCCGAUUUAAUAUAUCGUCACCAAACCACCACCAGAUACCGCCGUACUUGCCGUCUCCUUCAACCCUUCCGGCCUCUGAUAUCAGAAACAACUCCUUCGUCUAUACUCAACUGCGAGCUCCAGUAACCCGGAAAAACACCGGCUGCAACGAUAUCUGCUGUAAUCCCCACCGGAGAGAUCAGAAUCAAAGCUUGGUGGUUGAAAACACUAAUCGCUCUAGAGAUUGGAUUAGCGCUUACGAGUUACAAAACCCUAAUAACAACAACCCUUUUUCCCGGCAACAAGAAAGUCGGCGACCUAGGUUUCCGGCGAGUUUGAAGGAUAUGAGAGGGUUGAUAUAUUUGGUGGCUAAAGAUCAAGAAGGGUGUCAGUUCUUGCAGAAUAAAUGUGAAGAAGGAAAGCCCGAAGAAAUUGAGAUGAUUUUUAAUGAAAUUAAAGAUCAUAUUCGUGAAUUAAUGGUGGAUGCUUCCAUGAAUUAUCUUGCUCAGAAGCUUUUCAAAGCGAUCAACGAGAGACAAUUGACUCACAUUGUUGUUACUCUUAUCAGUGAUAAUGGAAAUCUCACUUCUAUCUGCCUCAAUUCUCAUGGGACUCGAGCUAUGCAGAAAUUGAUUGAACUUCUUACCACUUUAGAACAGCGAUCUUUAAUAGUUUCAGCACUUAAAAGGAUCACUGUCACUUUGUCUAAGAACACCAAUGGCCAUCAUGUCAUUCAAAAUUGCUUGAAAUUGUUCCAUGUUAAUGAAUGUCAGCCAAUUCUGGAUGUGGUAGCUGAUAACUGUAUCGACAUUGCUACCGAUAAAAGUGGAUGUUGCGUGUUACAACAAUGUGUAUCACUUGCGGUUGGAGUAACUAAAGACCGUCUCAUUUCUCCAAUUAUAGAGAAUUCACUUCAUCUAUCCGAACAUCCUUAUGGGAAUUAUGUAGUGCAACAUAUACUAGGCAUGCAAAUACCAGAAGCAACGGGUGAAAUUUUAAGGAGGCUUUCUGGUAACUUUGUGUCAUUGGGGAUGAACAAGUUUGCGAGUAAUGUAGUUGAGAAGUUUUUGAAGGAUGCUUCUGAUGAUGUGGUGAUUGCUAUCAAUAGGGAGUUUAUAAACAGUCAUAACUUUUUGUCGUUGAUUACACAUCCAUUUGGGAACUAUGUUGCACAAUCGGCUUUACACACUGCCAAGGAUGGCAUUUUGGAGACGAUGAUUAAUAAAAUUCAGAAAGAGUAUGCGUCUUUACACAGUCAUCCACACGGAAAGAGGGUUCUUGCAUUGGCUAGAAGCAGUAGGCCGAAAGUGCCAGAAAAAAACAUAGAAGUGCCUAAAGAGAAACAACCAAGAAAAUCACCAAGAAAGACAGCUGAAAAAGAACAAAACAUAGAAGUGCCUAAAGGGAAACAACCAAGAAAAUCACCAAGAAAGACAUCUGAAAAAGGACCAGAGAAGAAAAACGAAUCAAAAAAGAAAAGAAAAGCUGAAGAUUCAGUUUCUGAAACAAAAGAGACUAAAAAAAGAAAGAAGAAGACUUUAAAUAAGCAUUUUGAUACAAUUAGAAAUAGAUUGCAUGAAAUUAAAGUGAACCUUGUCGCCUCGGACAAUGCAGAUAUGAACUUCCAGAUGAACUUCAUUGCUUUGUUGAUCAACUCUCUUAUAGAAUCAAGCUCAUGCGGAAAAGCAAACACAUAUCCCUUAAACUACAUCAUGAAGAAUACAAACAUAAGCAACAUUGACUGGUGCUCCUACUUGCUUAAUUGUUUGGUUAAAACAAAACAAUCUUUUGAUUCAUCCAAUCCAACAAGCAAUUUUGUUGGACCAUUUAGUGAUAGAGUCCAUUGCAGUGUAGUUAUUGCUGAAAGAAAACGUCCAGUUAUCUGUCACUGGACAUCAGAAAAAAUGAAGCUUAGAGAAAUUUAUGAAAAAGAAAUCGUCAAGCAAUUUGGUACAGGAGAUUUAAAUGAAGAUUUUGAAGAUGUUGGAAGAGGAGGUAAAUAUUUAUAG